CGUUUCUCCAUUAUUCUUUCCUUUCUCUUUUUGUUUUCGAAAAUCAAACCCUAUAUUCACAGCGACGGAACCAUCUGAUCCGAGACGAAGUCAUGAAAAAAUCGGAUAAACUUCCUCCGGCGCGGCAGGUAGUCGUUCGAUCUGUGUGGUCCGGGAAUUUGGAGUCGGAAUUCCUCCUGAUCCGAUCGUUGAUACACUUGUUCCCGAUCAUUUCUAUGGAUACGGAGUUUCCUGGGGUUGUUGUCCGGCCGUCGAAGGAUGAUCCGAAUUUCCGGCAGCGUGACCCUAUGGCGCACUAUUCCAGCCUCAAAGCCAAUGUGGAUAUGUUGAAUCUGAUCCAGAUAGGGAUUACUCUGUCUGACGAUGAGGGGAACUUGCCGGAUCUUGGGACUGAUCAAGCGUAUAUUUGGGAGUUUAACUUUAGGGAUUUCGACGUGGCUCGUGACACCUAUGCGUCGGAUUCUGUGGAGCUUUUGCGUCGGCAAGGUAUUGAUUUUGAGAGAAAUCGAGAGCAGGGGAUUGAUUCGUAUCAGUUCGCGCAGCUUAUGAUGUCGUCAGGGCUGGUCUUAAACGAUGAUGUGACGUGGGUGACGUUCCACAGUGCGUAUGACUUUGGGUAUAUCGUGAAAUGCUUGACCGGGCGCUUGUUGCCGGAGAAAUUGAGCGAGUUCCUGAGACUGGUGCGGGUGUUUUUUGGGGACCAGGUGUAUGAUGUGAAGCAUAUGAUGAGGUUUUGCGCGAGCUUGUAUGGAGGGCUAGACCGCGUUUGCAAGUCCCUGUGUGUAGAGCGGUUGACUGGGAAGAGCCAUCAGGCUGGGUCAGACAGCUUGCUGACCCUGCAUGCUUGGCAGAAGAUCAGGGAGGUCCACUUUGGCGAUAACAACGCGCAUGAGAAGUACGCCAAUGUUUUGUAUGGUUUAGAGGUUUUCAGUUGAAUAUGAUUGUUAAAUUUGCUUUGAUGUUUAAAAGUUCAUUUAAUUUGUAGAUUUCAGCUUUGGAUUUAGAGUGUACACUUUUGGGUUUAUCAAUCAAUAUUAGAAGCAGUA